ACCUGGUCCAAGCGCCAGUGCAUGCAAAUCUGGGGCAGGCAGGCAGGCAGGCAGGCAGGCAGCGGAAACAACUUCCAUCAAGAGGCAUUGCAUUGCAGAACUGCAGGAACGACCGGGAACAGUGGACAGGCUUUUCGUUGUAUCCCGUCCCGGCUCAGUCACUUGCACGCAAUCACUUCAUCAGCCAUCAUCCACCCUCAGUUCCACUUUCGCUCCCAGCAAUAUCAGUGUCAAUCCGUCUUCGCUGCUUCCGUUCCAACUCGCUCAGUCUUCUUCCAAGUUCAUCACCCCCCCAGACCUCUUUCUUGGUAGACACACUCAAUCUCAAGAUGCCGAUUAUCUCCAACCUCAUCAGCAAACUGGUCUGGGCCGACGGUCAGCCUCCGCAAUCCCCACAACAACAACAACAAUCGACCCCCGCCGCACCGGUAGCAACAACAACAACAACAACAUCAACAGCACAAACGCCCGUUUCAGCUUCUACCAAUGCCUCACCUUCAUCCUCGUCAGACGCGGCACGCUACCCACCCGCACAGCAGUGGGAGGAACGUCCUUACCCGCCCAUCUUCUCGGAGCGCUCCUUGAAGCAACUCGGCCUCUUCUUCGGCGGCGCCACCUUCUUCGCCCUCUCCGUCGCCGUCUCCCGGCGCGCCGUGGCCCGACAUCUCAAGGCCUCCAAGAUGGAAAUCUUUGCGCCCAACAUGAUAGCGGGCAUGGCGCGACCCGGCAACAUCAACUCAAAGGCCCCCCGAGACCCCAUGGUCGCGGUCGAGGCGCUCAACCUGGCCACGCUCAACGUCAUCAGCUUCGCUACCAUGGCCGCCGGCGGCACCUGCUGGGCGUUUGACCUGUUGUCGGUGGAGGACCUGAGAAGGAAGGCGCGCAGGACGCUGUAUGGCGGCACCGAGGCGAACCUGGAUGAGGAGGCGGAGAGGGAGGUCGCUGAAUGGGUGGCCAAGACGUUGGGGAUUGAUUUGGAGAAGGCGGAAGAGGAGGCCAAGGGAAAGAUGUUUGGCGAGGAGGCUGUCAAAAAGCCGUGAACUGGUGGUCUCUGCAGCAGGAAGAGCGGAGGAAAUUAACACAACUCAAUGAUACCCGACUUAUCUUUCUUUAUCCUCUCUCUUUUCUUCUUCUCUAUCUGCACAAUGGGUUCACUACCUGCACUUGUUUGUUUGCCUAUGUAUUUUCGGAGCUGUUCCCGCGGAUGAGAAACAUAGCCAAUGGGACAUUCCCGGCUUCUCUCCCUUUAAAAUCCUUCCUCCCUGUCAACCUGUCUGUGUGUCUACCAAUUCAAGAUUGUCAGGGAAGGAUACAAAAAACCCAAGAACCACGAAGCCCUCUCUUUGGCCUUUUCAUGGCUUUGUACGCCAGAACUCCAAAUCUCAUGAUAUCGGCAAGACAAGGAAAUAGAGAGUGGCGUGUAAUUAGCCCUAACAGACACCCAGAGUGCUCAUGCAUGCAUUUUCAAUCAGGAAAGGAAACAACUGCAACAUGUUCGCCG